AUGAUCACUGCACAAUUCUUUAUUAUACUCUAUCUCAUUAUAUCUCUAACUAGAGUACUUCUCUGUAGCAAAGGAGAUAAGAAAUCUGGAAGAACCUCUUUGAUUGUUAAAGGGGUCCUCUUGAUGUUAUUUACCUAUUGGUUCUAUUUGGUAUUGAACUUAAUCUAAACAGAUCAAGAAAGCUCAUUGUCUAAAGAUUUCGACCCUUAUGAAAUUUUAGAGGUACCAGUUGGAGCCUUUAAUACUCCAGAAAUUAAGAAAUCUUACAGAAACAAAGCAAUUAAAUAUCAUCCAGAUAAGCAUGUAGGGAGUCCUGAUAUUGACACCUUGAAAUAAAAGUUUGCAGAACUAGUUAAGGCAUAUGAGAUUCUCACUGACAAAAAGAAGUAUGAUAAUUGGCAGAAAUAUGGUAAUCCAGAUGGAUCAGUUGCAUAUAAAGCAGUGGAAAUUGCCUUACCAAGCUUCUUGCUGAAGCCUGAAAACUCAGGUACUAUCCUUGUCGUGUUCUUAUUAGUAUUUAUUUGUUUGCCUAUUGGUUCAGUCAUUCAACAGUAAAAAAGAUUUAAUAUCUUUUAAUUUUUUAGCAUGAAAAGGAGAGAAAGAUUUCAUAAGAACGGCCUUCAAAAUGAGAAUAGAAUAAGAAUGCUCUAAAAGAUUAGUGAAAUCGUUAAAUCCUCUGGAGGAAGAUUCAAUCUUACUGACGAUUAAAUCCUUUCAGUAUAUGAAGAAAUUGUAGAGAUAUAGUAAAUAAAUGAAAAGGUAAAAUUAUUCUUGCUUAAAUAAGAUUAGUUGGGCAAGAAAAGUACUGCCAGAGAUCUAAUUUAAUCUAAAAUUAACGGCAAAAAGGUUUCUGAUGAAUUUCUUUAAUUUUAAGAUGAAAUCUUGAAUAUUCUUUAUGAUGAUCAUACAGCCAUGAUUCUUCUAAAAGGUAGAAUCCAUUUAGAAACUAAGAACAUUACUUUAUCAUUUAACAUUCAAGAGAUCUAUUAGUCAUUUGGUAGAAUCACUGAGAAGAUUUUCCAAGAAGAAGCUUAAAUAUUAAAAGAUGCUUACACCAUUGAAUUGAAAUCAUAUGUUGAAGAUCUUGAUCCAAGUGAACCUAUUUUAACAGGCUACAUCCUCACUUAAGAAAUUUAGGUAAAAUAAAACAUAGAAAUUUCACAAGAAAACCUUCAAAUGCUACCUAAUAUCUUCCAUACUGGAAUACUUUAUGAUGAUACCGAUUAAAAGCCAGAAUAACUAUUUGCAGUGUAAUUGAUCUCAGAGAAAAUGAACAACUAAAAAGCAAGAAGCGCUAAAUUCCCAGUGAUUUAGAAAUUCUAACAACUAAUGAGGCAAAUCGGAGCCAAGAAAUAUUCUGUUGUUUUGUUCAGUAGUCUCGGAUAAAUGAUUAAAAGCAAUUAGACUUUCGUCAGGGUAAGAAAAGGAGAAUUUGUUCCAUAAGGAGAAGAUGUUCCUCAGUUCAAUCCCCCAGAAGAAUGA